ACUGAGGAGAUCCAGAGGCUCCCCUGUGAACUACACAUCCCAGCAGGCAACAUGAAGAAGGAUGUCCUGGUCAACCUGACAAAAAGUAGAGUCAGUCCAAUCGGACCUCACGCCAUGAUUCCCCAUAGCAACCUCUUUGGACUGUAACUGAUUAAAAACAGUUGAACUUUGACCCAGCGGAAGGAGGAACAGUUUUUUCUCUUCUCUCCUCCCUUCUUCAGGAGGAAAGACAGCUGAAAUUAUAACUGUUAUCCUAACUACUCAUUGUGAAAAGACCCCUGUUGUACUAGCAGCGAUAAACAUCUCUGAGUGUACUUGUGUACGACUUUGGAUAGUCCCUCCAGAAUUGGAUAUUAACUCUAAAACUUUUAAACCAUACCUAAUUCAAUGCUAUCCAAGCAUUCAGGAAUAUAAACUCCUCUUUCUCUUCAUCGUCCUCCUCCUCCUUCCUCCUCCUCUUCCUCUUCCUCCUCCUUCCUUCUACCUCAUCUUCUUCCUCCUCCUCUUCCUCUUCCUCCUCCUUCCUUCCACCUCAUCCUCCUCCUCCCCUUCCUCUUCCUCCUACUCUUCUUCCUCUUCCUCAUUCUCCUCCUCCUUGUUGACCAUGGAUGUUCUGGGCUUGGCUGCUAGACUACAGCUGAUGCUCUUGGUGCUCCUGGGUGUGUGUCUGAGCCUGGAGUUCACCGGGGCCCCCGGCCAGUGGGCCCGCUACCUCCGCUGGGAUGCCAGCACGCGCAGCGACCUCAGCUUCCAGUUCAAGACGGACGUGUCCACGGCGCUGCUACUGUACUUCGACGACGGAGGUCACUGCGACUUCCUGCAGCUGAUGGUGGUGGAGGGCAAGUUGCAGCUGCGCUUCAGCAUCGACUGCGCCGAUAUCGCCGUGGUGUCCGACAAGAGAGUUAAUGAUAGCAGCUGGCACUUUGCCACACUGAGCCGCUAUGGUCUGCGGACGGUUUUGGGGCUGGACGGCCAGGUCAAGGCGGACGAGGUGCGGCCCACCGGAGGUAGCCGCCAGCACAUGAAGAUAAUCAGUGACCUGUUCCUGGGCGGCGUUCCGCUGGAUAUCCGCACCUCGGUGCUCACGCUGCCCACAGCGUGCGACGCCCCGCCCUUCAGAGGAACUAUCAUGGAUCUGAAGUAUGGGACCACGGAACCGGUUCUCCUCAGCAGCCUCAGGGUCCGUCUGGAGUCGGACCGGCGCUGUACGGAGAACCCGUGUGAGAAUGGUGGGAGCUGCUCCGUGGUAGAUGGGGAACCCUUGUGUGACUGUUCCAAAACGGAAUACAAGGGCUGUUUCUGCAAUGAAGAAGAAAAAUACAUUACUGGUUUAGCCCAUUUUAUGUUAGGGGAGCAGGGUGUUAGAUUGAUGCGGGAGGAGAAUGUGGCCACGUUCCGCGGCUCUGAGUACUUCUGCUACGACCUGUCCCAGAACCCUAUCCAGUCCUCCAGCGACGAGAUCACGCUCUCCUUCAAGACGUGGCAGCGCAAUGGCCUGAUCCUCCACACGGGGAAGUCUGCUGACUACGUCAACCUGGCCCUGAAGGACGGAGCCGUGUCCCUGGUCAUCAACCUGGGCUCCGGGGCCUUCGAGGCCAUCGUGGAGCCUGUCAACGGGAAGUUCAAUGACAAUGCCUGGCACGACGUCAAGGUUACGCGCAACCUCAGACAGCAAUCAGGCAUUGGACACGCUAUGGUAAACAAACUCCAUUGUCUGGUGACGUUAUCGGUUGACGGAAUCCUGACGACCACGGGCUACACCCAGGAGGACUACACCAUGCUGGGAUCCGAUGACUUCUUCUACGUGGGUGGCAGCCCCAGUACCGCCGACCUGCCUGGGUCUCCUGUCAGCAACAACUUUAUGGGCUGCCUCAAAGAGGUGAUCUACAAGAACAACGACAUCCGUCUGGAGCUCUCCCGUCUGGCGCAUAUCGUGGACCCCAAGAUGAAGAUCCAGGGGGAUGUGAUGUUUAAGUGUGAGAACGUGGCCACCCUGGACCCUGUCUCCUUCGAGACCCCCGAGGCCUACAUCAGCCUGCCCAAGUGGAACACCAAGAGAAUGGGUUCCUUGUCCUUUGACUUCAGGACCUCGGAACCCAACGGACUCAUCCUCUUCACGCACGGCAAGCCUCAGGAGCGCAAGGAGGCCCAGCGCACCCAGAAGAACACCAAGGUGGACUUCUUUGCGGUAGAACUGCUGGAUGGCAGUCUGUACCUGCUGUUGGACAUGGGCUCAGGGACCAUCAAGGUCAAAGCCACCCAGAACAAGGUCAACGAUGGAGCCUGGUACCACGUGGACAUGCAGAGGGACAGGCGUUCAGGCACCAUCUCAGUCAACAGCCGGCGCACUCCGUUCAUGUCCAGCGGAGAGAGUGAGAUCCUGGACCUGGAGGGGGACAUGUACCUAGGUGGUCUACCCUCAGACCGCACCAAUCUCAUCCUGCCCACUGAGCUGUGGACCGCCAUGCUCAACUACGGCUACGUUGGCUGCGUGCGCGACCUCUUCAUCGACGGGCGCAGCAAGGACAUCCGACAGAUCGCUGAGGCCCAGAACGGGGCCGGCAUCAAGCCGUCGUGCAACAAGGUGGUGGGGAAACAGUGUGAGAGCUACCCGUGUAAGAACAGAGGCGUCUGCAAGGAGGGAUGGAACCGGUUUAUCUGCGAUUGUACCGGCACGGGGUACUGGUCACGUACCUGCGAGAGAGAGGCCUCCAUCCUGAGUUAUGACGGCAGUAUGUACAUGAAGGUGGUGAUGCCCCAGGUGAUGCACACGGAGGCGGAGGACGUGUCUCUGCGUUUCAUGUCCCAGCGGGCCUACGGCCUGCUCAUGGCCACCACCUCGCGAGACUCGGCCGACACGCUGCGUCUAGAGCUGGACGGGGGCCGGGUCAAGCUCACGGUCAACCUAGACUGUGUCAGGAUAAACUGUACUUCCAGCAAGGGACCCGAGACCCUGUAUGCUGGGCAAAAACUCAAUGAUAAUGAGUGGCAUACGGUGCGCGUGGUCCGCCGAGGAAAAACCUACAAGCUCAUGGUGGACGAUGACAUAGCAGAAGGCCAGAUGGCGGGCGACCACACCCGUUUGGAGUUCCACAACAUCGAGACGGGCAUCAUGACGGAGAGGCGCUUCGUCUCGACCAUCCCCUCUAGCUUCAUUGGACACCUACAGAGUCUCAGGUUCAACGGUAUGCUGUAUAUAGAUCUCUGUAAGAACGGAGACAUCGACUUCUGUGAGCUCAACGCCCGCUUUGGCAUGCGCUCCAUCAUCGCUGACCCCGUGACCUUCAAGUCUAAGAGCAGCUACCUGAGCCUGGCCACCCUGCAGGCCUACACCACCAUGCACCUCUUCUUUCAGUUCAAAACCACCUCGCCCGACGGAUUCAUACUUUUCAACAGUGGAGACGGCAACGACUUCAUCGCUGUGGAGCUGGUUAAAGGGUACAUACACUAUGUGUUUGAUCUUGGUAAUGGGCCCAACGUCAUCAAGGGCAACAGCGACCGGGCUCUACAUGACAACCAGUGGCACAAUGUGGUCAUCACUCGUGACAACAGCAACAUUCACACUCUGAAGGUGGACGCCAAGGCAACCAGUCAGGUGGUCAACGGAGCCAAGAACCUCGACCUGAAAGGUGACCUGUUUAUCGCUGGGCUGGGCCCUGGUAUGUACGGUAGCCUGCCCAAGCUGGUGGCAUCCAGGGACGGUUUCCAGGGCUGCCUGGCCUCAGUGGACCUCAACGGCCGCCUCCCUGACCUCCUCCAGGACGCUCUGUUCCGCAGUGGGCAGAUUGAGCGCGGAUGCGAAGGUCCCAGCACCACCUGUCAGGAGGACUCAUGUACCAACAUGGGCGUCUGUAUCCAGCAGUGGGAGAAGUACACCUGCGACUGCUCCAUGACCUCCUUCACCGGCACGCGGUGCAAUGAUCCUGGGACCACCUAUAUCUUUGGGAAAGGAGGAGGCCUCAUCACGUUCAAAUGGCCAGCCAACGAGAGGCCCAGCACGCGUACAGACAGGCUGACCGUGGGGUUCAGUACCUCCCUAAAGGACGGCAUCCUGGUCCGGAUAGACAGCGCUCCAGGUCUGGGAGACUAUCUCAUGCUCCACAUCGAACAAGGGAAGAUUGGUGUGACGUUUAACAUCGGCACAAUGGACAUCAGCGUGAGAGAGAAUAGCACACCAGUGAAUGAUGGGCUGUACCAUGUGGUACGCUUUACCAGAAACGGGGGUAACGCCACACUCCAGGUGGACAACUGGUCUAUCAAUGAACACUUCCCAGGAGCGACGACCGAUAGUGAACGUCUUGAAAUUGCCACUAAGAAAUUCCCGUUGAAAUACGCCCGGCCAGUAGUGGAUUGGCUACAGGAGAAAGGCCGGCAGCUUACCAUAUUCAACACCCAGGCCUUGGUGACCAUCGGUGGCAGCGACCGCAGUCGGCCCUUCCAGGGACAGCUGUCCGGCCUCUACUACAAUGGCCUGAAGGUCCUCAACAUGGCCGCCGAGGGCAACCCCAACAUCAAAAUCAAUGGCAGCGUCCGGUUGGUGGGUGACACGCCCUCUGUGGCCGGGUCGGCCCGCACCACCGCCCAGCCGCCCGAGUUAUCCACCACCUUUAUUGAGACCACCACCAUCAUGUCCACCACCACCACCCGCAAGCACCGCUCCUCUCCCACCAUACAGGACUCUAUGUCUCAGACGACAGACGACAUGGUGUCUUCGGCAGAGUGUUCCAGUGAUGACGAGGACCUGGAGGAGUGUGACUCUGGCCGUGCAGGUGAAUUAGUCAUCCCUGUACUCUUAGAGGACCAAUUAGUGUUACCCCCGUCCAUCCCCCUCCCAACCCUCUGCCCACCCCUCACCAUAAUUGAAACCACCAAAGAGUCCCUGUCCAAGGCCACUGAGGGCGGGGUACCUUGCUUGUCGGACCGAGGCAGCGAUGAUUGUGAUGAUUGUGAUGAUGAUGAUGUCUUGGUGAUAUCUGGGUAUGAUUUCGACUCUAACCUGCCUCCUACUGAUGAUGAAGAGCUUUACGCCACCUUCUCCUUGGUAACAGAUAAGACCAUGUCCACGUCGGCUUUUGAAGGUGGCUACAAAGCUCACCAGCCCAAGUGGGAAACCAAGGACUUUAGACCUAACAAACCAUCCUCAGACCGCGGUAGGACUACCACUACCGCCGUGCUGCCAGUAGCACCCGACCAGAGCCGCUACACCUCCACCGCAGCCCUGCACCACACAUCACCCGCCAAGCUGCCUGCCGGCAAAAUGAAUAACCGCGAGCUAAAACCCCAGCCAGACAUAGUGUUGCUCCCGUUGCCCACCCUACCCUAUGAGGUAGACAGUACCAAGCAGAGGGCUCCUGUAAUAACCUCCCCCAUGUUCCAUACUGUACCCACAGCCCUGCCCACCCAGCCCGUCAUCAACAGAGUCCCGGGAGCCCCGGAAGUGUCCCGCCAGUCUAGCAGCACCAUCGGGAUGGUCGUGGGGAUAGUGGCUGCCGCAGCCCUGUGCAUCGUCAUCCUCCUGUACGCCAUGUAUAAGUACAGGAACAGGGACGAGGGUUCCUACCAGGUGGACGAGAGCAGGAAUUACAUCACCAACUCGGCAACGCAGAGCAACGGAGCCGCCGUGAAGGACAAACAGCAAAGCUCGAAAGCUGUCAAAGGAAAACAGAAAAACAAGGACAAGGAGUAUUACGUUUGAGUGACGGACAUUGAGAGAUGAAAAGAGAGAGGAAGAGAAAUUCAGGUAUAGAGAAAUAUAGAAGUGUAUUUAAUUAACAGUUACCUUCUAAGGAGCUGCGAUGACAAAACAUGGUAUAAACUAGAACCGUUACUUGAUGCUGUGUAGAGUGGUUGAACUAUGACUAUGUGUAGUAAUAUGAAGAAGACUUACUAUUGUAAGCAUACAGAGAAGGAUAAUAGCAUCUUUAGAGGCCUUCCUCUUCUGCCGAGUUCGUGUCCAACUACUUCACAGCGACUGCAUCAUCAUCCUAUGGGACUUUUAGAACUAUGUGAUCCUUGGCGUAAAAAAAAGAAAAUGUGGUUUGUUUUUGUAAACCUGUACAAAAUGAAAGAUGUUCGUUAAUCUUGACCGUCUUCAGCAUGUAAGCAACAUGUAGUGCUUUAACAAGAGUGGUUCAGGAUAAAAAGGAUCAUUGUAAAGUCAAUGGGAAAAAAAUGGACUACUGCUGUUUAAAGAUAUCGUACAUUUUUUAUUGUGUGUAUGGUUUCGGGAUUAUAAAAGUGUGGUGUCUACGCAACAACAACAAAAAAGAUCUACUACUCUAUGUAUCAAAUGACAACAAGUGAGCUGAGGAAAGAUCUCUUAGGAUCUCUUCAGAUCUCAGAGCUCUGUUGUCUGUCCUCUGAUCUCAACAUGAUUACUCUCGUUGUGUGACAGAAGGACAGAGUGACACUGACGUGUGGUCCUGGCGAGAAGUGGUUGCUUGUUCUUGUCUCGGUUAAAAGCAACUGAUUGUAAUGCAUGUAAUCCAUUCUACCAAAACUGUACAGUACAGUACAAUAUACCACUAGAGCACAAUAUACCACGACAGUACAAUACAUACCAGUACAGUAUAUUGUACAGUACAGUACAAUAUAUAAACUUAGCUUGAACAGUCCUUUUCUCUCUAAAGGCCAAACUUUAUACUUCGUCAUCAUCAAGACACCACAACUCUUUUGAUUUUAUUCCCUAAAAACGUCAACAAUGAAAAUACGAGUAUCCCUAAAGAUAAAAGGGUCUGUUGGUUUGCAGUCGUGCUGGUUGUGUCUUUUGCAGGCCUCUGUGUGUUGGUUAAUCACCUCUUGUUCUAUUUUCUAUGGAGCUGUCCCAUCGAGGACAGAAUGCAGUACUAUAACACUGUUAAAAAUGUCUAUACAGAAAUAAAUCUAACGUGAAAAGUGUGAAUUCUAUCUGUCACAGUCAAAACUGUGUCAAACAAACACAUUUGUUUACAUAUUUUAUUACAUUAUGGCCGUUGUACUUUGUAGGUACUAGCUAUUGUACAUACCAUCUAAGUUGUAAUUUUUUUGUAAUUAUAUUGUACAGACUGAUCAUAUGGUUUAUCAGUGUAUUUCAUGAAGAAACAUCUAUAACUAUUAACUAACGUGAAGAAAGACUUUGAAGCAUUUAGAAUACACAUUUAGUAAAGAAAGGAGAACACUAUGUUAAGAUAGAAACAUCUGCAAUUAGAGCUCUAAGUGUCAAUCAAAUACAAGAUGGCCGAUCUUAAUUGUACCAAUGCUUUCUUCUUCUUCUCUGGUUAUUUUCGUGUUAGUUAUAUUUUGAAAAGAUUAAAGAGAAGCUAUAUUAAUCGAAGACUAUAGCUGUUGGAUGCGGAGGCGCAGUUCAGACAAUCUCCCAAAAGUCUUUACACUAACAUUCAUGACAAAUCAUUCGCUUUUCAUAUUUGUUUUACAUAUUUUUGUUAUACAGUGCCUUGAAAAAGUAUUCAUCCCCCUUGGCGUUUUUCCUAUUUUGUUGCAUUACAACCUGUAAUUUAAAUAGAUUUUUAUUUGGAUUUCAUGUAAUGGACAUACACAAAAUAGUUCAAAUUGAUGAAGUGAAAUGAAAGAAAAUCACUUAAAACGGAAUAGUGGUGCGUGCAUAUGUCUUCAACCCUUUUGCUAUGAAGCACCUAAUUAAGAUCUGGUGCAACCAAUUACCUUCAGAAGUCACAUAAUUAGUUAAAUAAAGUACAUCUGUGUGCAAUCUAAGUGUCACAUGAUCUCAGUAUAUAUACACCUGUUCUGAAAGGCCCCAGAGUCUGCAACACCACCAAGCAAGCGACACCAUGAAGACCAAGGAGCUCUCCAAACAGGUCAGGGACAAAGUUGUGGAGAAGUACAGAGAUCAGGGUUGGGUUAUAAAAAAAUAUCCAAAACUUUGAACAUCACACAGAGCACCAUUAAAUCCAGUAUUAAAACAUUAAAACAUUGUGGCACCACAACAAACCUGCCAAGAGAAGGCCACCCACCAAAACUCAUGGACCAUUCAAGGAGGGCAUUAAUCAGAGGCAACAAAGAGACCAAAGAUAACCCUGAAGGAGCUGCAAAGCUCCACAGCGGAGAUUGGAGUAUCUGUCCAUAGGACCACUUUAAGCUGUACACGCCACAGAAUUGGGUUUUAUGGAAGAGUGGCCAGAAAAAAAGCCAUUGCUUAAAGAAAAAAAUAAGCAAACACAUUUGGUGUUUGCCAAAAGGCAUGUGGGAGACUCCCCAAACAUAUGGAAGAAGGUGCUUUGGUCAGAUGAGACUAAAAUUGAGCUUUUUGGCAAUCAAGGAAAACACUAUAUCUGGCACAAACCUAACACCUCACAUUACCCCUAGAACACCAUGUUUUUCAUCGGCAGGGACUGGGAAACUGGUCAGUAUUGAGGAAAUGAUGGAUGGCGCUAAAUACAGGGAAAUUCUUGAGGGAAACCUGUUUCAGUCUUCCAGAGAUUUGAGACUGGGACGGAGGUUCACCUUCCAGCAGGACAAUGACCCUAAGCAUACUACUAAAUAAACCCUUAAGUAGUUUAAGGGGAAACAUUUAAAUGUCUUGGAAUGGACUAGUCAAAGCCUAGACCUCAAUCCAAAUGAGAAUCUGUAGUAUGACUUAAAGAUUGCUGUACACCUGCGGAACCUAUCCAAGUUGAAGGAGCUGGAGCAGUUUUGCCUUGAAGAAUUGGCAAAAAUCCCAGUGGCUAGAUGUGCCAAGCUUAUAGAGAUAUAUCCCAAGAGACUUGCAGCUGUAAUUGCUGCAAAAGGUGGCUCUACAAAGUUUUGAACUUGGGGGGGUUAAUAGUUAUGCACGCUCAAGUUUUCAUUUUUGUGUCUUAUUUCUUGUUUGAUUCACAAUAAAAAAUAUUUUCCAUCUUCAAAGUGGUAGGUAUGUGAUGUGAAUUGAUUGAUUUCAAAAUUUCAGUUUAUAAGGCAACAAAAUAGGAAAAAUUCCAGGGGUGUGAAUUCUUUCGCAAGCUACUGUAUAUAUAUGUAUAUAUAUUUUCAGGAUCCUUAUAUUUUUAUAUUUUUUAUUUCAUUUAAUUUGUGACAAUGGCCAGACUGUUUGUAAUCACUGACACUUUGGUGUUUUUGUCAUCUUUAGUUUUAUUAGAUUAUUAUAAUUCUUUUGUAUUUUAAUAUUGUUUUCUAUUAGUUUUUAUAUUUUUUUCAUGCUCUUUUUUCCCAUGAAUUGUUUGCAAUAAAAUGAU